AUGAAAUGCUGGAGACCAUGCUGCCAGAAUGAAGUCAAAGUUUUUUGCAAAUGCGUAAAUCCAGUGGCAUUUUCAUGUGCUAAACAUUUUAUUGAGCAUAUUGAUCUCGAUUCAGCUCAUACUCAUCAGCCAAGCACUUUAUACAAAGAGCCUGUUUCUAGUACUAAAAUCGGUCUCAUCAAUGAGCUUAAAAGAUCAUCUGCAAAAUUAACAAACUUCAAGAUCGAAUUAAUUGAAAAAGUGACAAAUAAAAUCCAAAUUCUCCAAAAUUUAUUAAGUAAAGCAUUAAAAGUAAUAGAAGAAGUCAGCUCAAAUCAAAAAAUGAUUUCAGAAACGUUACAGAGUAUUGAAUUAAUUUCAAAAUGUAAUCCAGAUCCCUAUGAAGAAUUGUUGAGUUUGCCAGUUGAUAAAGCCUUGCGAAAUUUGAGAAGCUUCACUUACAGUGUUAAAAAUUUGAAUUUUACAGUAGAAGAUUUAUUAGCAGUUACAUGCGAUCUAAACUAG